ACUCAUCCCAUACAAGUCGCACAACUCCCUUUUUCCUCUCCUUCUGCCGCCUGGUCUAUUAGAACAGAAGAUGUCCAAUACAAUUGCAUUGUAUCCACUCUCGAACUUCACGUUCAGCACAAAAGAGGCGCAACCAGAGGAAGACCCUUCUGUCUCUGCACGGCUCCAGAGGCUGCAGAACAACUACGAAGACUUCGGCAUGCGCAGGACGGUGGAAGGCAUUCUAGUCGUACACGACCACGGGCACCCGCAUAUACUCAUGUUGCAGAUCGCGAAUGCCUUCUUCAAGCUACCCGGAGACUACCUGAAGCCUGGCGAAGACGAGAUCGAAGGGCUCAAGAAGCGUCUGGACGACCGCCUUGCGCCGCCCGCCGAGUCCAAGCAAUUCAACUCCUCGCACGGCGUCGACAACGAGUGGGAGAUCGGUGAUUGCCUCGCCCAGUGGUGGCGCCCCAACUUCGAGACCUUCAUGUAUCCUUUCAUCCCUGCGCACAUCACUAAGCCGAAGGAAUGCAAGAAGCUGUUCCUCGUGCAGAUGCCCGAACGCAAGGUACUCGCCGUGCCGAAGAACAUGAAGUUGUUGGCCAUUCCCUUGUUCGAGUUGUACGACAACGCUGCUCGAUACGGGCCCCAACUCUCUGCCAUUCCGCAUCUCCUCUCUCGGUACAAUUUCAUCUACCAGUAGUCGCCCGUCGAAAGUCGAUUUGCAUGUCCAUUCUGUCGUCGAGAGUCCUAUGUUGUUCGCCCUAGCUGUCAUCAUGUCAUGAUUCAUCCACCCCGUCGUUCGCACUGUAGCAUACAGCCAACGUAAAAGUAUACGCCUGGUCAUCUUUCGUUCCAA